AGAGUCCUGACUCAGCUGCUGCUGCCGCCUGGUCCUCCUCUCUCCUGUCAAUCACUCUGUCAUGCCUCUGAUGCAUGGGCAUGCUGACGCUGCUCUCUGCCAUCUGUGAGUAACUCACACUUACAUUUAGUGACCGCUGCUGUCUCUACACACAUGCACGGGCACACUGGUGUUUCGCUUGGGUAUGGUCACGUGCUCGAGACAAAGGGGCUUUUGCUGAUCUGUUUCUCUGGCUUAAGCUUGUAUAGAAAUCCUUCUUCCCUUCGUGAAUAACUGACUUAACAUUUCUUACUAUCUGCUUGGCACUUGCCCUUGAAUUGUUGUUUGUCUUCCAGUAAUCAGUUGUUUCCUAUGGAGAUUGUUGUAGUUUAGGUCAAACCACCAUCGGUGCAUGUUUCUCAUGUUAAUGUGCAAACAAUGGUACAGAAUAAGAUAUGGAGAUAUAAACAACACUUAAGUGUUAAAAUGUCAUUGCAUUGAAUAAGCAACCUUAUAUAUUAAAAGCUAGUUGGUUUAAUAUUUUAUUGGGUUGGCUAUUAUUAGAUAUCAAUCUACAUUUUGUCAGACUGAUUGCAAAAAAAAGAACUCCUCUUAUAAGUUCAGAUCUCUGUGCUUCAGUGGGAAACUGCAUCAUUUCACUAAUUUAAACAGAAGAUACACAUCCCUACAAUACAACAAUACAGUACAAAUUUUAUUUCUGUAGCACAUAUUAAGUGCUUUCCAGUGUAAAGUCAUUAUAGAUAGUUACAUGCAAUCACACAAACACAAAUAAAUCUUGAUCAUUUACAGCUAAAUGUCUUGUAUCAAUUUGAUUAUAAUGUUCCAUUGAUUUAAAAAAAAAAAAAAUCUUCCAAACAGUUUAUUUUAUAUUAUUUUAUUUUUAAUCAUAUGUAAGCCAAAUAGAAAUAGCGUGGUCAACCUUGUCUGAAAGAUAUUGUCUUAGAUAUCAGCCUUAUUCUAAUUUAUUGGAUCAAUACUCAUGACAUACAAAAUAACAUCUAAGUCUGCUGAUACAUUUAUGACUGCAGUGCACCACGUAUUUGUAAGAUUUUAUGUAAUGCAAUAACAUUCAUAAACAUUUAAGCAAUACUUCAAUAUGUAAGGACAAGCUGUGGCUUUCUUGAUAUGGCAGAUCACAUGCAUAAUUACCAUAUAAAUGCACUGAAUUAUCUGCAAUAAUGCUAUUAAAAUCCCAGAUUGUCAGAAUAAGUAGUUGGGUUGUGUGCUUUGCUUUUUAGCAUGUUCUGGCAGCUUCAUGGAUCUGGUUGAUAUAUUUGGUGUUUUAGGCUGUUUUUGGUUCCAGAUGCUCUAUUAUGCAGGUUUAAUACCUGCCACUAGGUGGUGUGAUGGUUCCAUCUUUUGGCCUCUAGCUCAGUCCCUUCAUCCUGUUUAACCCUUUGUCUGUUCUUCCCCUCUCCCUCUAUGGUGACUCCUGUGUGCCUUAUUCCAGUGUCAUUGGACAACCAGCAAAUGCUACACUACAUCCGGGACAAAACGGCCGUGCCGUACUUCUCCAAUUUGGUCUGGUUCAUCGGCAGCCAUGUCAUCGAGUUGGACAAGUGUGUGCAGACCGAUGAACAACAUAAAAACCGAGGAAAACUCAGCGAUCUGGUAGCUGAGCACCUGGACCAUCUUCACUAUCUGAACGACAUCCUCAUCAUCAACUGUGAGUUUCUCAAUGACGUGCUGACCGACCACCUGCUCAACCGCCUCUUCCUUCCCCUAUAUGUGUACUCUCUGGUCAGUCAAGAGCAGUCUGAAGAACGCAAGAUCAACCCUCAGGUGUCUCUCUACCUGCUGUCACAGGUGUUCCUGAUCAUCCACUACCAGCCGCUUGUCCACUCCCUGGCUGAUGUCAUUCUGAACGGAGACCUGUCAGUGUUUAUUCUGCAGACUGAGCAGAGCGCUCACAAAACUUCAAGCAAUGCCGGUGUUCGUCGCUUCACCAAGCCCACGGAAAGUCUGGAGCGUUCCUUGGAAAUGAGUCGUCACCGUGGGAGAAAGAGGACCCAGAAAAGACCCAACUACAAAAAUGUGGGCGAGGAAGAAGAGGAAGAGCGGGGAUCAGAAGAAGGGCUGGAAGAAGAGAAGGAAAAGGCUAAAGGUACAGAGGCUAGUUCAAAGGCCAGCAGGACAAGUGGGGACAAGGAAGAAAUUGAGAUGGUGGUGAUGGAAAAAGGUAGGAUCUCUGAAGUGUCCACGUUGACGGAACAGAACAUUACAGACGAGGAGAAGAGCGCGGCAGCGGCACGAUCUGAGGGACAAAGGAGCAGGCCCUUCUUGGACAUGUUGUAUAAUGCACUGGACUGUGACUCAGAGGAUUACCAGGCUCUGUUUGUGCUUUGUCUCCUGUAUGCCAUGUCUCACAGUAAAGGUAUAAACCUGGAGCUCUUAGAGAGGAUCCAGCUACCCGUGCCAAAUCAAGAGAGGAGCUCUUACAGUCAGGUGUUGGUGGAAAGAGUGAUCCGAAUCAUGAGCCAGGCUGCUCAGCCAGAGGGAAAGGUGCGUCUUGCCACCUUGGAGUUAAGCUGUCUGCUUCUGAAACAAGCUGUACUCUCUGGCUCUCAGUGCAUUAUAAAGGACAUUCAUUUGGCCUGUUUGGAGGGUGCCCGAGAAGAGAGUCUUCACCUUCUGAGGCAGUUUUAUAAGGGGGAGGAGAUUUUCCUGGACAUGUUUGAGGAUGAGUACAGGAGCAUGAUGAGUAAGCCGCUGAAUGUGGAGUAUCUUAUGAUGGAUGCAUCCAUUUUACUUCCUCCUACUGGCACCCCCCUUACCGGCAUUGACUUUGUGAAGCGAUUGCCCUGUGGAGAUGUCGAGAGAACACGCAGGGCUAUACGCAUGUUCUUCAUGCUGCGCUCGCUGUCCCUACAGCUGCAGGGAGAACCAGAAACUCAACUACCUCUCACCCGACCGGAGGAUCUCAUCAAGACUGAUGAUGUGCUUGACCUCAAUAACAGUGAUCUUAUUGCUUGCAUGGUGGUGAGUAAAGAUGGGGUUCAAGCUCAGCGUUUCCUGGCUGUGGAUGUGUACCAGAUGAGUCUUGUGGAACCAGAUUCAAAACGUCUUGGCUGGGGUGUUGUCAAGUUUGCUGGCCUUUUACAGGACAUGCAGGUUUCAGGAGUAGAAGAUGACAGCAGGGCUCUGAACAUCAUCAUACACAAGCCCACGUCUAACCCUCACGCCAAGCCUGUGCCCAUCCUGCAGGCCAACUUCAUUUUUGCGGAUCAUAUUCGCUCCAUCAUCGCCAAACAGCGACUAGCCAAGGGCCGCAUCCAGGCUAGACGCAUGAAAAUGCAGCGGAUAGCAGCUCUAUUGGACCUUCCUGUUCAGCGUUCCACAGAGGUGCUGGGCUUCAGCCAACCAUCUGCUUCGUCUCUGCCUUUUCGCUUCUAUGACCAGUCCAGACGUGGCCCGGCCUUCGCCUCUGUAGAUAAAGUUCCAGGUUUUGCCGUGGCUCACGUUUCCCAGAACAACCCCACAUCAGCCUCCUCCUCCACCUCAUCUGCCUCUAGUGACCCCACCGGCCCCUCUGACUCGGUCACAGCCAGCAACGUAUCCACACACACGGUCACACACAGUCAAACAGGACUCACCCUGGCGCCUAGCCUCACCCCUGCACCGCAACCCACCAUCUCCCUACUGUCUGACAAUGAUGCUGAAACACUGAGCGUGGACUCCCUGACGCUGCUGCCCCCCUCUGCCCCGCCUCGCCUGCGCUCCUUUAGCACCCAGUCCUCUGUCCAGGACAGGGAAGAGAUGGCGGUUGCCGGUCAAGAGGAAGAUGACGACACGGGAGCGACAGACUCGCAGACUCAAGAAAACAAGAAGGAUAUUUCAGUCAUCCCAGAGGAAGAUGAGCCAUCCCCUGAGUCUGGGCCAUUGCUUAUGGUGGAAACUGAGGAUUUGGCACAGGUACAGAGGGAGGAGCCUGUGACUCAGCCCGAGAGAAACUCUAUAGCCGUCACUUCCGACCAAGAGAAUAACCCAGACCUGGAGGAGGAGACCGCGAUAGACUGAAAUGUCUACUGCAACUCAAAUUAAAAACUAAAAUGUACUAAAGAAAUUUGGGCCAGGUUGCUAAAGCAAGAAGCGCAUGUUAAUGUUGAUUGCUCAAUGUGAGCAUGACCGAUUCUGGUUUGCAACUAGAUAGUUUAGCUAGUUUGCACAUCAUUUCAGCUUUGGUGACUCAGGCCCUCAAUUGUAUCUUUGUCUAUUUGCCGACUGUGUUAACACAGCGGUUACCAGUACUUCUCCUUACAACAAGACCAUGAUGCAUUUCAGAGGAGGCCGGCACUCUUAGAACAGUAACAUUAUUGUUUUGUCACGAGUGCUGCUUUAAAGCACAGUCUUUUUUCUGUCGUGCGUUAUUCUUUCUGCUCUGGUGCUGAGGUGAUCGUGACUGUUUUGUGAUUGUGUGCGAAUGUUGGAGUGUGUGUGCGAUUGGUUUUAUGAUACUGAGCAGAUGGAGAGGAGAAGGCGUGUUUGUAUAAAUCUGUAGUGGGGAAAGCCCGCUUGAUUUCACCAGUCUUAACACUGAGGAAUGUACAAAGACUUCUGGGUCUAUCCAGCGGUGCUCUUUUCUGAAGGUAUAUUUAGUUUCGUCUGAACCUUCAUUUUCACUUCAGCGAUUUGAAAAAUGCCCUUUUGUGUCAUUCUUCGGCGAUUGUGAGGAACCGGUAUGAGCUUCAAGUAACCCGUUUGAAUUCAUCACUGCAUUUGAGAUCAUUCAACCCAUGAACGCUUGCUCCAUCAAGCGUUUUGUAUAAAAACCGCUGACUCACUUAUAUCAGUCACGGUUUUUCAUCAGGUGAACGAACCUGAUGUCAUCGAGUUUCAUUCCUAAGCGUUUAUGUCACUGCCGCACCUCUUUCUGGAACAUUUUUUAAAAUCUGCCGACGCACAGGAUGAAUUUCCCCGUUUUCAUUCAUGUAGUUACUGCUUAAGUACCACUCAAGUGGUCUCCUUGCUUUUUAAAGCUGAGGCAACUCAUCCAUUUUUUAGGUGCGUUUUAAUGUUCUUUAACACUUGAUAUUAUAGAUUUCAUCAAGAGCUUGUGCUGGACACACAUAAUUAAAGCUGGGUGAGAUGUGUUUGUGGUUUCGUUUUCCUUUGGUGUGCAAUAACAGCUAUUCAAGACUCCUUUAUUUCACUUACAGACUCAAGUAGUUGGUCUACCAUCACUAAUGGACUGAAAUGGAAAAUUAAUUUUGGGUUUAUAGACUGUAGCACAUAGAAGGGAUUCACACACCCUUGCGGUGUGGCACUGAUGCAAAUCUGUGGUAACCGUGACUGGGAGUUUUUCUUUCCAAACCAAGGCACUCAGAUUCAAGCUUUAUCGGCGGAGUUCGUAAAAUAUUACCUUUAAAGCAAUACGAUUUAUUCUGCAUAUAUCAGUAUUUUGAGGUUAAAUUCAUUGUCGAGAAGUGUGGGGGGGGGGGCUUCAUAGUUUGUACACAGUGUAAAGAUUUUUUUUGAUCUAAUGUUAUAAAUAAUUGACCAACUGGAGCUAUCAAAGUCAUGCAAUAAAUUAUUCUGAUGUACAUUU